AUGGCCGAUUGCUGGCAACCUCAGCCCUCGUGGGCUGGCUCCCACUGGUACCAAGGCCAGCCAAGCCUACGCUCAUCGACCUUCCGUAACCUGGUGUCUGCCUUUCCACGACCUAGACAGACAGGUCGAGUGACGAAACCCCGCAGCGCCGGCAACAGUCCGACAUACACCGGCAGAAGGAGGACAACGGUGUCCAACAGCUCACCGAUGUACCGUCACCUAGCGACUCAGAACUACCAAGCGCCUUAUGAUCCAGCUCUGCUGGCUGCCGCCUUCCACCGAAGUACAGCCGCUCGACCAACUAGCUGGCACCCAGCGUCGCUAGGAACCGUCACCUACCCGGAGAACUUCCCGACCACUGCUCAGAACAGCAUGGGAGUCAUGGAUAUGGCAUCGCAACCACUGGAUAUUUCGCCCCCUCUCAUGACGAACGAGAACUUGUUGCAACCAUACCCACUAUCCAAUAUCCCGAUGUCAAGUGAUCCAUGCUUCCCUGACAUGCAAUAUACGAAUCCGAUUCAGCAACCGUCGUUCAUGGAAAUGAGUGGCUCGCAGGUGGAUCCGAUCGCAUGGGAUACCAACGAAGCUCACACGUCGAGCAUCAACCAGCCCAUGUCCGACAACUGGGCCUUCGACAUGAUGUCCAUGAAUAACAGCAUGCCCUCGGCCGACGCAGCAGGAUCCGGUUAUGCGAGCGAGCCAUCUUCCGGUUGUCUCUCUGGUCCUUCCACUCCCGACUUCCUCCCCAUCCAGCAGCCCGACGAUAACUCGCUGUCAUUGUCCGCUGCUCCCAAGCCGAAAGUUGAGGAGGAAUUGGUCGGAAUGGGUCUUUACAACCACCCCGAAUCUCUAUUUGAAACAUCGUUCGAAGGUCUUCCGGGUAAAGGUCUGAAGUUGGAGGAGACUUUUACGCCGUCUGCGGAAAAUGAGGCAGAUGACACCAAGGAUGCCGAAAACGAGGACGAUGACGAACAAGAAACCGGCACGGAACAGAACCCGGUUCACAUUCAGCCGUCGCUGUACCACCCUGUCAAGUCGACGGGAAACAUGAUGCACAAGUCAUUCUUUUUCGACGAUGACGACCUCGAUCAGCAUGCUGUUCCUGGAUCUCAACAGAUCUUCAACCUGGGCACUCAGCCUUGCAUGAAUUACGGAUAUGGAUGGAUUUGA